CAUAUCUACCGCUACAAAUAGUGAAUUCUUGUGUUUUGUUCAGCUUACGUGAGAUAUACAUAUUAGUGUAUUAUAGAAUUUAAUUUGCAAAAUGGCAAAAGACAAACCACAAAAAUCAGCAAAAGUGAAGAAAAAUGAUACAACACAAGAUAAAGCCGCAUCCAAUGCGCCGUCAACGUCAUCCGCUAUAUGGCAGGAUGAACGUUUCCAGCACUUGGUCAAUGAUCCACGUUUUCGUGGUAUUCCUAUGACACAACGCAAAGUGAAGAUAGAUAAGCGCUUCCAGGGCAUGUUUACUGAUAAUAAAUUUAAAGUGAAGUACACAGUGGAUAAGUAUGGUCGACGAAUUAAUAAAAGUAAUGCCGACGAUCUACGCAAAUACUAUGAGCUUAAUUCUUCAGACACCGAAACAGACGAAGAUGAAGGUAAACAACAGAACACAGGUGUUGAUGAUGACGAAACGGAGGAAGAGUUGGAGCGCCGCAAAGAAGAAAAAGCUAUAAUUCGUGAAGAUGAUUCAGGCGAAAGCACGCCCAGUGAAGAGGAGAAAGGUGCAAAUGAUGAACUCGUUAGCGAUGGCGAGGAAGUGUCAAAAGCGCUACGUGAACGUUUAUUGAAUCCAAAUAUUGAUUAUGCACGUGGUGAAGGAAGACUUGUAACGGAUUCUUCAUCGGAUGAUGAGUCCACUGAUGAAGAUGAUGAUCUUGAGGCAAAUAUCGAUCAUGUUUGGGGCGAAUUAGAUCAAGAAGCGGAGACUACAGAUGAGUCUACAAACAGAUUGGCGGUUUGUAAUAUGGACUGGGAUCGCAUACGUGCUGUGGAUUUAAUGGUGCUAUUUAGUUCAUUUCUGCCACCUGGAGGUAGUGUUUUGAGUGUGAAAAUUUAUCCAUCAGAAUUUGGAAAAGAGCGUAUGCGGGAAGAGGAUAUACACGGACCUACUGAACUUGUUGGACUUGGAAAGGAGGUGAAUGGUGCGCAGGACGCAGCUGAAUCUGGCUCGGACGACGAGGACAUAGUCAAAGAGCAAGAUAGCGAUGCGGAGGAGGGCGAUGAAUAUCACAUGGAAAAGCUACGUCAGUAUCAAUUAAAUCGCUUGCGUUACUACUAUGCCGUGGCUGUUUUUGACAGCAUUGCAACUGCUGACAAAAUUUAUAAAGAAUGCGAUGGUAUUGAGUAUGAGAGUUCAGCAACACGUGUUGAUUUACGCUUCAUACCCGACGAUACCACUUUUGACGAAGACGAGCCAACCGAUGUUUGCACUGAUUUACCUGAUACAAAUGGCUAUAAACCGCGCCAGUUUACAACAACGGCUUUACAACAGGCUAAAGUCGAUUUGACUUGGGAUGAAACCGCAGUGGAACGACAAGAACUGGGCGAAAAAUUAUCCAGCGGAAAAUUGAAUGAAAUUAGUGACAGGGAUUUGCGGAAGAUGGUUGCUUACAGCAGUGAGGAUGAUGAUGAUAGCAGCGAAGAAACAACAGUUGAAGAGGGCCAACAAAAUGAGUCUGAGCUGCCAGACAAAUCAAAUGACAAAGUAAAAACUGAAAAACCUAAAAGAAAAAAAGAUGAAAUAAUUAAUAAAUACAAAGCGCUGCUUGCGGAAAUCAAUGAGAAAGAACAGAAAAAGAAGAAUAAUAAAUUUGAAAUGGAAAUAAGCUGGAAUGUAGAUCAGCAAACGGACGACAAAGAUAAGGAUGCAGAAGAAUUCGAGGAACAAAACAAGAAACAGCCUCUAACGCCUAUUGAAAAAGUGCUGCAAAAACGUAGUGAAAAGAAUAAGCAACGCAAAGAGGAACGAAAGAAGAAGAAAUUGCAAGCGCGUGGCUUAGAUCCGGACGCCGACUAUUCCUCGGAAUCGGACAGCAUACCUGAUGGCAUCGAUAUGAACGACCCCUAUUUUGCGGAAGAAUUCGCUAAUGGCGAUUACGUUGAUCCCAAAGCGAAAAAACAUGAUAAACUAAAGAAACAACAAAAUGAUUUGGAUAAACAGCAGGCUGCAGAAGAAGCGGAAAAACAAGCGAAAGAGCUGCAACUACUCUUGGACGAUGACGAUGUAGACGAGCAAGGCAAACAACACUUCAGUUUAGAGAAAAUACUUAAAUCCGAACAAGAAACCAAAUCGAAACGUAAACGACGCAAACAAUUGAAAAAAUCGAAAUCCACAAUUGCGGAAGAAACGAAACCGGUCGAAGAUAACUUCCAAAUAAAUAUAAAUGAUGACCGUUUCAAGGCUGUUUACACAUCGGCCAAAUUCAACAUUGAUCCCACCGACUCACACUUCAAGAAGACCAAAGCGAUGGAAUUGAUUAUACAAGAAAAGCUGAAACGCCGACAUGGUGACGAGGGCUUACGAAAUGGUAACGAUGCUGACACGCAGGAAAUCGAAGUCAAAAGACCGAAGAAACAGUUGGAGAACACGCUGUUGGUGAAGAGUUUGAAGCGCAAAAUUCAAAUGAAGCAGCAGAAGUGAUUGUUUUUUUUUAUUGUUCUUGUUAAAUUUACAUAGAUAAAGUUGUGUGUGUGUAAAAAGUUCAGAAUGAAGUUUUAGUGUCAAAAUAUGCUAAAAUUAUUAAUUUACAAUUUUAACCUUAAAAAAGUGAAAAUAAAAAUUUUCAUGUGAAUUUCAUAAAAACUAUGA